CAGUUAUAAUAGCGCGCCAAAGCGGUAGGUAAAGGUUAUGACCAGCUUAAGCGCGUUGUUUCACGCUCCUAGUCUCUUUUCUCCAUCUUCUACUUGUACAACUACUCCGUCUCGCCCCUUUUUCUCCUCUAAGCCCGCCGCCUCCACAUCCUCCUCCUUUAUGGCGGUCUCAGCUCGAAUUGCUAUUGUUGGAGACGUGCAUAAUGACUGGAAUCUAGAAGAAGAUACAAAGGCACUUCAACAUUUGCAGCCGGAUUUGGUGCUGUUUACAGGUGAUUUUGGUGAGGAGAAUGCUAAGCUUGUCCAAAGUGUAGCAGAUCUUAAAUUUCCUAAAGCAGUCAUUUUGGGAAAUCACGAUGCCUGGUAUACUCAUGAGUUCUCUAAGAAGAAGAAGGACGCUGUUCAACUUCAACUGGAAUGUCUUGGCGAAGAGCAUGUAGGUUACAGACGUCUGGAUUUCCCAACACUAAAACUCAGUAUUAUUGGUGGCCGGCCAUUUACAUGUGGUGGUGAGCGGCUAUUCCGGAAAAACCUUUUAUCUGCAAGAUAUGGAAUCAAAGACAUGGAUGGCAGUGCCAUGAGGAUCUAUCAUGCUGCUUCGGGCACUCCGGAAGAUCAUUUCGCCAUAUUUCUUGGACAUAAUGGGCCAACAGGUCUUGGUUCAAAUAUAGAGGAUAUAUGUGGAAAAGACUGGAUACCUGAAGGCGGCGAUCAUGGUGAUGCAGAUCUAGCACAAGCCAUUGCCCGCAUAAAAGAGACUACUAAAGUGAAUGUUCCUCUGGUUGUAUUUGGGCAUAUGCAUAAAGAGCUAGCUUAUGGAAACGGUCUCCGGAAAAUGAUUGUGGUUGGUGCUGACAAUACCAUAUACUUGAAUGGAGCUGUUGUUCCAAGAGUUAAAAAAAUUGCUGACGAACGGGGAACAAAGAGAGUUUUUACAUUAGUUGAGAUUCUUCAAGGCAGAGUAGAUAAGAUCGCAGAAGCUUGGGUUUCAGUUUCCGGAGAUACGGCUUCCGUAGAGGACGAGCAUGUUUUGUAUAAGUUUGGGAACUAGCAUCAUCAAGGGGGAUCUUAAGACUGUUAGUAGAUUACAUAUCCAUCAUCUUGAUCCUUAUGUGUGCAUACUUGAUUGUCAGUUUGUCACCAAUUAUGAAUAGAUAAAGUGAUUUUCUAAGUAGAAGAAGGAAAGGCAGGGCAAGUGUGUAAAAAUCCGUUCAGUUCGGUUUGAAGUUAUAAAAAAGUUUCAAUUUUGUUGCAUAAAAAUAUUCCAGUUCAUUUUUGGUACAAACUACCGAACCGAAUUGACUGGUUCGGUUCAACUUAAACUAUUUAACCUUUUUAUGAAAUCGCGUUCUCAAGCCUCA